AACGAUGUACCUAAUAUUAUUAAAUUAAUAUAGUACAAUAGUACAUAAAUAUUCCACUGCUGUUAUAGAGCGCUGCAGAAUUGUUCUUAUCAUGUAAGUAAUAUUAAAGACGACUAAUCAGUUAUCAGUGACCAGUGUCCGUUCACCGUUGAGAUUUGACUCGUCUAAUAUUUUGAAUUUUUCAUUUAUUUAAGUUAAAUAAUUGUCUCGUACCCUAGUUCAAUAGUUGAUUGCAGCACCCCUUUUUUUUUCCAUUAGAUUAUCUAUGUUAAUCGUACUUCUUCUUUGUUCUCAUUACUCUUCAUGUGGUGGGUACAAACGUCGUCUAUUAAACUGCACAAGCCACAAAGUAUUUGGAGGCACUCAGUGCUUUGAUUUGAAUAACGAUAAAUUGUCUUGUCCGAAUAUUCAUUAACCGUAGUUUAAAAACUGAUAAAAUGGCUCAAGGAUCAAAUACUUCAAAAUUUGUGAAGACUUAUGGGAAACCUAGACGUACCCAACUCUUAGGACAAAAUUCACUGUGGAAUGAUGAUUUAAAUGAUGAUUUUGACAAAUGUUUGGGCAUUGAGGAUGUUCCACAAACAACAUUUAUUUCACCUGAACCCAGUGGCUCAGUUACAAUGUACAAGCCUGACAAACAUAAAAAAAAAUAUGAAGAUCAGAAGUAUUCUACUGGUGGAUGGUCAAUGCAAUUACAUUCUACUUUGGAUGGUCAUAGAAAUAAUUUGAGUACAAAAAAGAGAUAUACAGAAUACAAUUUAGAUAGUAAUCAUAAAAAGAAAAAACUAUUGUUAAAAAGUGUUCGAAAGAAAAAGGAAAAUUUAAAUAAUUCAAAAGGAGUUACACCAAUCUCGAUCAAGAAAUUAAAAAACAAAUUUAUUUUGUCUAAAGAACAAUGUUCAACUCCAUUACAAAAAUCUAUGCUAUUUGCUCAUGGCAACAAAUUCAAUAGUAUGUCUUCAAAAAAAACAAAAAAAAGUAAAUUAAAGAAAAAUUUGUUGCAUGCCGUCAAUACUCUUAAUUCUUCAAAACUUCCCUUGCAACUAGAACAUUCACAUUCAAAAAAUUCUAAUAUUUCAAGGAAAAUAAAUUAUGAAUAUAAUAAACCAUUUGAUGAGUCUAUUCAAAUAUCUGGUUCUCAUUUCUUCCCAUCCAAAAACAAAUAUUCAGAAAAUAGUACGUCUAACAACCAGCUUUUUAACAGCCCUAAUAGACAAUGUAGAGUUAAAAAAAAAAAUAUUCCCAGCUCAAAAGAAAAAAACUCAAAUUGGUAUCAAAAAGUUAUGAAUAUUUUUUGUGAUGAAGAAUCUAUUAAUGAAGAAAAAUUAAAAAAUCAAGAUUUUAUGACUUCAGAAGAACACAUAAACAUGUGCAAUUUUGAACCAGUUUUAACUUCUGAAGUUAAACAAUUGGAGCCAUUAGAACAGCAGAAGCAAUCAUUUCCAUUAUCCAAUUUAAAUAACAUAUCAUUUCAAUCUUUACAACAUUUCAAUAUAAGUUCACCAGGAAAUGAUAAUCAUAGUCUGUCGUCUUUAGAUCAUUCUAAAUCAAACAGAGAAAAUAGCAUCAUAACUAUUGGCAGUAUCAAAGAAGAAACUAUUGAGGAGUCUCAACCAAGUCAACCAUGUAUACAUUUCAAUAUAAGUUCACCAGGAAAGGAUAAUCAUAGUCUGUCGUCUUUAGAUCAUUCUAAAUCAAACAGAGAAAAUAGCAUCAUAACUAUUGGCAGUAUCAAAGAAGAAACUAUUGAGGAGUCUCAACCAAGUCAACCAUGUAUACAUUUCAAUAUAAGUUCAUCAGGAAAGGAUAAUCAUAGUCUGUUGUCUUUAGAUCGUUCUAAAUCAAACAGAGAAAAUAGCAUCAUAACCAUUGGCAAUAUAAAAGAAGGAUCUAUCGAGGAGUCUCAACCAAGUCAACCACGUAUACAUUUCAAUAUAAGUUCAUCAGGAAAGGAUAAUCAUAGUCUGUUGUCUUUAGAUUGUUCUAAAUCAAACAGAGAAAAUAGCAUCAUAACUAUUGGCAAUAUAAAAGAAGGAUCUAUCGAGGAGUCUCAACCAAGUCAACUAUGUAUAUUAUACAAUAAAUAUCUGUCUGAUGAACAAUUUGAUUGUUAUACACCCGAUUCUGAAUCUCAGAUUAUAUUAGAUGUUACAACCAAGUUUUCUGAUAUUAUAAUUGAUGAUAAAAUUGAGCAGUGUGAUAAAUCUAUUGAAGAGGAAAGUUUAUUUGGCAAAUUUGAUCAUACAUUAGAUAUCUCUCUCGACACUUCAAACCACAAAUGUGACAUUAUUUCAAAUAAUUCUUAUAUUUUACAAAGUUCAUCUAGUUUAGAACAAGAUACUGUUAUUUAUAAACAAAACUGUACAAUAGAUGUGUUACUUACAAAAGAGAAUGCUGAUUAUAAUAAUCAAUUAUUAAAUGACAAAAGUUUUGAGUUGAAAACUCAUAAAACUACAAACAAAUGUGAAGAAAAUACCAGCACUAAAAAUCAGAUAAAUAUUUCUAUUAGUGAAAAUGACACAAAUGACAUAUUAGAAACCAAUGAGUCUGUAUUUGUGCCGCGGCGAAAGAGAUAUGCUGCUCGGUUUCAAAACUUGGAAGUUAUUGAAGAGUUUAGUCAGUUAGAUACCAUUUUGACAGAGGAAAACACAACAGUUUUUCAUUUAGAACCGGGCAAAAAGUGGCGUCGUUCUAUUUCAAUUGUUCGGGGUUGUAUGGACAGAAAUAUGAACGAGUCUAUAAAUUUCACCAAAGGACGAAAAUGGGCUUAUACAGUUGAUGACAUAUUACGACGGCAAUCUAUAAAUACUAGUAUUUAUCAAAAUUUAGAUCAAAGAAGUAUUUCAAAAAAUUCAAUGUGCAGUUCCAGCCAAAACUUGCAGAUAACUUCUACUGAUCUUGAAAACCAAAAAGCCAAAAGUUAUAUUUUUGAAGCAUGUCAUCAAAAAGAAUUAAUAUCUUUUGAAUCAUGGUUAAGCCCAAAGUAUACAAAUAAAUGGAAAAAGGUUGGAGAAGGUGUAUAUGGUGAAGUAUUUAGUUAUUCAAGUGGAAAUCGAUGUACUAUUGUCAAAAUCAUUCCUAUAGAAGGUCAAGUGAAUAUUAAUAGUGAGCAACAGAAGAAAAUGUUUGAAGUUUACAGUGAAAUUGUAAUAGCUACAGAGUUGAAUAAGUUGUGGAACAAAAGUAAUUUGAAUCAAACAAGUUCAUUUUGUAAACUUAAACGUGUUUCCUGUGUUCAAGGAAAAUAUCCUAGUAUUUUGAUUAACUUCUGGCAACAAUAUGACAAGGAUAAAGGUUCUGAUAACGAUAAUCCUGACAUAUUGCCAAAGGAUCAAAUGUUUAUGAUUUUGGAAAUGGAAAAUGGUGGGAUUGAUGUAGAAAGUUUUGUAUUUAACUCGGCGGAUCAAUCAUUAUUUGCAUUUUUACAGGUAUGUUAUAACAAACAUGUUAUUUUUCAUUAACGUCUAU